AUGUUGAAUGAGUUUUGUGGCAGUCUGGUCAGAGUGGAUGCAUCCGAUAAUGUGAUCCGUAAUCUCGAUGGAGUUCCGACCUCUGUUCGCGAAUUCAAGAUCACCAACAAUCACCUAUCAGACCUGACAUCAUGGGGUCAUCUGAUGAACUUGCAGUAUGUGGAUGUGUCAAACAACGACAUCAAGAGUCUAUCUGUCUUCCGAGACAUGGUACAUCUGCGGGGUCUGGUUGCUGAUAACAAUAACCUGACAUCCCUAGAUGGUAUUCUGUAUCAUGAUGGGCUGCAGGCGUUGCGAGCUCGCGGAAAUCUGAUUGAAUCCGUCGACUUCGAUGCUACGGCGUUACAACGAUUGACGGAGCUCGACCUAGAGGGAAAUAGGAUUACAAAACUGGAGAACCUAGACCAACUUGGCUCUCUUGAGGUUCUGAAUCUCAAAGGAAAUCAACUGGAUGAUUUGCAACUGGACCAGGCACAACCGAUGACGUCUUUAAGGCGGCUCACAAUCACCGACAACAAUUUCAACAGCCUUGAUGUUAGACUUAUGCCAUCUCUCAAGCUUCUACAUGCGGACCGCAAUUGUAUUGCAAGGCUCACAGGCUUGUCCAAGGUUCGACGCCUAGACUCAUUGUCUUUAAGGGAGCAGCGAGGGCCCACGGCCCUUGACAUGUCUUUUCUUCAAAGUGCUUAUGAGGUCCGGAAACUAUUCUUGUCUGGUAACCGCCUCGAAGCUUUUGAUCCUCGGAUUGAUUUCCUCAGUCUCCAGCUUCUAGAUCUCGCCAACUGCGGCUUGCAGUCUCUGCCCGAGGAUCUUGGCGAGAUGAUGCCUAACCUACGAGCACUUAACCUCAACUUCAAUGCGCUCACGGACAUCAAUUGCUUGCGCUGCAUUCCCCGGUUGAAGCGAUUGCUGCUUGCUGGCAAUCGCCUCGCACAUUCCUUAUCAGUUGUAGAGGUCAUGGCCGAGUUUCCCUUUUUGUCUGAAGUCGACCUGCGGGACAACCCGAUAACUCAAGGCUUCUACGCUCCGUUGCAGGUGCUCGUCCACGGGGAUACCGCUGAUGCUGUGGAUCUGUUCAGACUGCCAGAUGCCGACGCCGAGAGAGAUGCGACGUAUUGCAACCGGCUCGACCUCGACACUAGAAUUCGCAGGCGGCUGUAUGAGCACGUAUUUGUAGAGAGGUGCCAAUGGCUGAAAAAGCUAGACGGGCUGCGUCUCAGGAGAGAUAUCUGUGAGGUCAAAGACUCGAUAUGGAAAGAACUAGCAGCACGAGGUCUUGUACUAAACAAGGACGGGACUAGGAUUGAUCCUACCGACUAUGAGGGAGUAGAAGAUCCAAAGGAGAAUGGGACAAUGGAGGAGAGCAGAUGGCAUGCAGAAGACAGCUUUGCAUGA